GAUUACGUGGCAGCCUAGGGUGCAGCGCAGCUCCUAAAAGGCUCCCCAAACAAAGCAAAAGCGCAGACGGCUGCGGCCACUCUCGCACUCACUCACUCUUCCUCUUCUUAUUUUAAACCUUAAAAUCCUCUCAUAAUUACCAUUCUCUACAAAUCACUGCCACUGACCCUAAAAGGAAACCAAAUUCUCGACGGAAUCUGCCGGCAUGGACGGCGGUAUGACGUCAUGCCGGUCAAUUCUUGACAAACCCUACAGUCAACUCACCGAGGAAGACAUUUCACAGCUCACUCGUGAAGAUUGCCGCAAAUUUCUCAAAGAAAAAGGAAUGCGCAGACCUUCUUGGAACAAAUCUCAGGCGAUCCAGCAAGUGAUUUCCCUCAAAGCUUUGCUCGAAAAUGACGAAGAUUCCGGCGCCGGUUCCGGUGCUUUGAGGAAACUCUUAGUUUCGCAGCCUGAAAAUGCGCGGCGCGCCACUUCAAAUUCAGGUGAUUCGCUGAAGGAACAGAGCACUCCGGUCUUAGGAGACGAAAACGGUGCGUACAGGCGGAAGGAUCCACCCAAAUGCGUGGCUAACACUGAUAACAAGUCAUCUCCUUCCAGAAAUCUCGGUGAAGCAAAUAUGUUGGUUGGACAAAUGACGAUUUUCUAUUGUGGCAAGGUGAAUGUGUAUGAUGGAGUGCCUACUGACAAGGCACGGGCAAUUAUGCACCUGGCAGCAACUCCUAUUGAUUCUCCUCAAGAUGGUCCAUUUAGUGGAGUUGCGGCAUUAAGAUCUGUUCCAUGCCAUUUACAAGCGGCUGGUGAGAGACAUAGUAUUGUACCUCCUUCAAUGAUCUCUCAUCCCAUGCAAGCAGAGAAGAUAGCAGAAUAUCCUCAGGGAUAUAGGGAGAAAGGGAAUAUUACUCGCGACUCUGAUGGUCAGAUGAACCGAAAAGUUUCAUUGCAGAGGUAUCUUGAAAAGAAGAAAGACAGGGGAAGAUUUUUCAAAGGCAAGAAAAAUGCCGGACCAACUCCAUCAAGUUUGGAGAUGUAUUGGAACCAUCAAGUGAGGACACAUGCCUCAAAUGGACAACCAGGCCUUAGCAGUACGAGUUCUCCACCCCAGCCUGGAUUGCCAAAUACUUAUUCUGGCUCAGCUGACAACCAGGCUAAGGUUGCCACCCCUUCUGUUGAUGUCAACAAUAAAAUGUCUAAGAAUGUGGAAUUGAAGAUGCUUUAUAGGUCAGGUGGUUCUGGGGAGUAAGUAACCAUUCUAUGUGGGCAAUUACAACGCUAAACCUAAAAGAAAGGGAAAGCUAGAAAAUUUUUAUUAAAAUCAUCCUACACCCUUUCCUGUUAGGACGAUUUAGGCUGCUAUGAUAUGAAUGAGUUUAUGGAGAUUUGUGAGGGAGUCAUGAUUUUCUAAUGGUAAGAGUUUUAGGCCUAAUCUGAUCAAUUUUGUAAUUUAUGAAGCUUACUGCCAGCCUCAGGAAUUUCUUGUUUCUGAUGUUAAGGUCUCUCAUCUUUAGAAAUGAAAGCUAGAGGUAGCCUUAUUCUAUGGAUCAUUAUGUUAUGUAUGUAAAUUUUGGCUAUGUUUAGCCAUGCCAAGAUUAUGUCUAUUUAUUUGACUCAA